UAAAAAUUAUCGGUUCUGUCACUUUUUAUCUUUUCGAUCCAAUCUCUGAGGUGGAAGCAAAAAGUGAAAAAAAGUCAUCCAGUUGCGAAGAAAUUUCCCUUUCGGCUGAUAAUCAAUUUUUGAGGUCCUUGAAAAGCUAAAAGUUUAGCGUUAGAAUCCGCUUGAAGUGCCCGGGUUGUGCCGUAAUCGAGAAGCCUUUGGGAACCGUUCCACCGUUGGCAGAAGACAUCGAAAAUGAUUCGCUUCAUCCUGAUUCAGAACCGUGCCGGGAAGACUCGGUUGGCCAAGUGGUACAUGAACUUCGAUGACGACGAGAAGCAGAAACUGAUCGAAGAGGUGCACGCCGUCGUGACGGUUCGCGACGCCAAGCACACAAACUUUGUCGAGUUCCGGAACUUCAAGAUCGUCUACCGGAGGUACGCCGGGUUGUAUUUCUGCAUUUGCGUGGACGUGAACGACAAUAACCUGUGCUACCUGGAGGCGAUACACAACUUUGUCGAGGUGCUGAACGAGUACUUCCACAACGUGUGCGAGCUCGAUUUGGUGUUCAACUUCUACAAGGUCUACACGGUGGUGGACGAAAUGUUCCUGGCCGGGGAAAUCCGGGAGACGUCCCAGACCAAGGUGCUGAAACAGCUGCUGACGCUCAACUCGCUCGAAUAGGAUGGGUACUCUCUCGGAGAAGCGGUGGACGGAUUUUCAUUUACUUUUCUGUUGGCUGGAAAGCAGAUUAGUGCUUUUUUAUAUAUAUUUUAUCGAAACUCCUAGUAAGCCUCUAUCUAUGCAAUAUUACGUUUCGGGGUCACCCGAUUGGAACUGGAUAUCGGGAGUAUCCACCUAUUACUAAGAGAAAACCUUGACAUUUGCUCCUAGCAAGUGAAUCUCAUCACAAUCGUGUUUUGCCACAUCAGUAGCAGGAUUCAAGAGCUUCGAAACUGCCGUUACGUUACAAGCAAAAUUCUGACAAAAGUGUAACUCAUACUCUUAGAUUCGGUGCACUGAGGCCCUCGCGGUGCACUCGGUACGUACACGUAGAUCCAUGGGUCCAAAGAAGAUGGUUAAGUUAAUUUUUGUUUUCCUCCCUUAUUUUCUGCGCAACUCACUGCAUUCCUUGUUACACGAAAGAUGGAAAAAUAAUUAUGUAUAUUCAAGUUCGUUAGUAAUUGACUCGACAUAGUGCUGAUAGUUUUUCCGAAUGUUUAAUUUGCCAUAAGGUCGCGUUCGUUUCAAAAGUUCCAAUAAUGGAGGGAAGGCAAAGAUAUUGUUGGUAUUAUUCAUAGAAGUAAUCGACUAUUAAGACAUAAAAAACACACAAAAGGAUACACACAAACACGUUGUAUAGUCACGGCUACGAUGACACGGUAACAGGAAAGCUUUCGCCCGAUGUGUGUCAUACAAACAUAGUAAGUGGUCUAUUAGUCCUCAAAGAACUUUACAAAUCAGCGUUCUUGAAGAACCAAGUCAUUUGAAUUAAUCAAGUGUACCAAACGUGUCAGAGCAUUGAGGACUAAUAGCCCCCAAAAUAAUCUCUAAUGUUAAUAUUGUAUUCGAAAAGCAAAAUUAGACAGUAAAAUGCGAUUGUGAAGAACGCGGGAACGACGCAACGCGGAGAACUUAAAAACAAAAUCAACAUCUUGAUCGUAAACGUUAUUACAGUACUCGUAAUCGUGUAUCUUAUUACUGUGUAAAGAUUUAUUAGCGAAUAAUAAAACAUAUGCAA